CGACACGUAUGUAUUGCACACCUGUGAUUGUUCAAGACACUUGUCAGUAUGUAGCCGGCGAGAACAGAAUGUCAGUUUUCUAUGUGUAACUAAAACGGUUCAGGAUUAUAUGUGAAAUGCACCCAAAGGACAUACAAAUACGAUCCCUACGAGAAGAUGAAAUUGGAUUUGCAUACGAGUUAGAAAAAGAAGGCUUCCCUGAAGAUGAGGCUGCGACCUUUGAUACGAUUAUGUACCGUCAUAGUGAGGCUCCUGAACUCACGGUCGGGUACUUUGAUAAAGGAGAACUUAUUGGGUACAUAUCUGGGACCCGUUUCCAUGAGCCAAACCUUACUCAUGCUGCCAUGAAUAUGCAUAUUCCCAAUGGAGAAAGUGUAUGUAUCCACUCCGUAUGUGUGGCAGAGAUUCGGAGAAGACAGGGAAUCGCAUCGAGAUUACUUGAGUGGUAUACAGAUUCCAUGAAGACAUCAGAAAAUGACGUCAAACGUAUUUUGCUGAUCGCUCACUCUAAGCUGAUCCCUCUCUACACACGGGCAGGAUUUACCUUCAAGUGCAAGUCUGACAUUGUCCACGGAAAGGAGACGUGGUAUGAAAUGGAGAUGCUAGUAUGACACAAGUGAUAAUGAUAGUUGAAAGCUAUCUCCCAGAUGGAAUGCUAUUCGUGAGGAUUGGGAAAUGAGUCUGGCUGCAGCGAGCGCUAGCGAUAUGAUUUCUCUUUCUAAAAUGAUUAUUUAGAACUAGCAUUCCUUAAUGUUUUUAUUUAAGUUCACAAUUUCUAACAUUGACCUUUACCUGUAAUAAAUCAGACGUUGUAAUGCGUUUUGAUAAUGAAUGGAUUUUCUCUGAAUUGGAGUGUCCAUGCGAACUUAUAUCCUACCACUAACCAUCGUAAAAAUACAUUGCGCAAUAAAUUCCAUGCAUUCAUGCACAUUAAGUUUAGGAAGGGCAAAAUGGUACAAAAUUGUAUAAUAUAUCUCGUGGUGUCCACGUGGGUAUUCUGUAGAAAUAAACGUUAUAUAGAUGUUUUUGAAUAUCGAUUUCUAAUUGCAGUGUUUCGGAGAAUGUUGCCUGCAUCAGUUGUCAGAUCAAUGUGAAUAUGGACAUUUUGUGUCAUGUAUAACGAAAGUUGGGGAUAGUUUUCCGGUACGAAGAGUGUGAUAGACGAGGAAAUGUAUAUUUUAUUUGUCAAAAUGAGUAUAACGUGAAAGCCUAACGAAUGAAAAUGGUAAUAAAUGGUCAUAGAGUGAGAAUAACUGUCUGUGAUAAAAGUGCUUGAUAGUCAUUAUUAGUAUAUAUUCAGUAUAAGUUUUAUUCGUUUAUAUCUUCUGAAUGAGUCCGAUAUGAAACAUUAUUAUUUAUUUCGUGUAUGAGAGUUGACAUUAUCUAAAUUGUUUUUGUGUUAGUAGUAAACUUUAAAGGGAGAACACGUACGGGGAAAAUAUUAAAACCGAUAUAGAGAGUAAUCCAGAUUAGACAGGUGAUCCUGUACAUUAAUAUUUUGUUGGAUCUUUUAGAUACUUUAAACAAAUUAAGUUUUGCACAUAACUGCAACGACGAAUGUCAACCUCUAUGUUUGUCAUUGAAAAUAAUAUGCCGAAAGUGCAAUUAUUAUAUGUUGAAAAUUAAAGAAUUUAGAGAAUACGAGCUGAAUGCUUAUACUUAGUAUAAUUCCGUAUUUUCAGUAUAACGGUUUCCUGUUUAUAUGAGUCGUUAGAAACUGAAUUCAUAUUUUUGAGAAUGAUGAUCUAUUUUAAUAUUUUUAUUAAUGGAUUCUUUUGAAUACCUUAAGUUUGUGCGAGAGGAUACAUUAUUAAUCACGUUCGUGGAUGACUUUUUUCUUUUUUUUUCUUUCUCUAUUCUAAAAUAAUGAUUAAGUGUCGGAGUUCACAUGUCAUUAUUUAAUUUAAGGGAGUUAUGCCCCUUUUGUUAAUUCUGUAAACUAUUAAAUGUAUACAUUGUAUUGAUAUCGAUUGUUAUAUGUCAAAGAAACAGUUAUGUCCAGGUUGCUGUAACGUGUAUGUCAACUUUAAUUUUUUUUGAAUAGUGACACGGUUCAGAAUAUUCACAUAUAUAUUAACUUUUUUUUUUUAAAUUCAAUAUUAAAAAUCAUGAAAUAUAGCAUUAUCGGGCCAUUACACCUCCCCUUCUAAAUUUCGACAGUUUUUUUUACCCAUUUUAGUUUUCUCAACUGCCUUUCAAAUAUCAUCUUUAUAUGUCUCUACCAUCAAUGACAAGUCCAAUAAGGACGAAAUAGCUGUGUGAUGCAGUUUACUUCAACGUUUUGUCUACUGAAUCUAACUCUCAUUUUAUAUUAAAAGGUGUAAACAUCUUGUGUGUUCGGUCACUACCUGUAGCUGUAUUUGUGUUGGUCCAUGGAAUG